AUGCAAAGAUUUUUACAAGAUAUAUGUCACAAUAUUAUUAUUUGUCCAUCAGAAACAUUUUAUGUAAAUUUUUCAACUGAACAUUCAUUUCAUGGUAAACCACAUGGAUCUCGAACAUAUAAAUUAGUAAAAAGAGAAUUAGUUAAUAUUCAAGCACCACAAAAAAUUAAACUUGAUGAUAAAAAUAUUUUCAAAUCUUUAUUAGAUGAACAAUGUCGAAAUGUUUUAAUUACAAAUAGUAAUUCAAUUACAUAUUGUGUUCGAAAAACUUUUCAAGAAACAAAUUUAAAUACAGCAAACAAUAGAUUUACUAAAUUAAAUGAACUUUUACAAGCUCACUUUCAUAUUAAUGCAGCUAAUUUACGUACAAUCUUGAAUUUUUGUGAUCAAAGUCGAGUAUUUUUAUCGAACAAACAAAAGGUUGAAAUCGAAAAAAUUAUUACUACUUAUGUACAGUUAUAUAAUAACGAAACAGCACAUAUUGAUCAGGAAGCAAAAUCAUCUAUUCAAGAGCUAAUUGGCAUCAGCAAAAUAUUCGGAUCUUUCAGACAUGACACCGAAAAAAAUUUUAGAAAACAGUUAUAUCAAAUUACAAAGAAUUGGUUAAUUGACCCAAACAAUUUCAAAACAAGUGCUGAAGAGUGCACUGAUUAUCUUGUCGGUUCGUUACAUAACUAUCUGAGAAAUAAUAAUGGUGUUGUUAAUAUUAAAUCUCAACAACGUGCCAACUUUAUAUCUCGACUAAAGAAAAUUGAUAAGAAAAAUGACGUACGUCAUUUACAAGAAAAUUGUAUAAAAUUAAUUAUAUUAGAAACUCAAUCGGAAAAUCAACUUGAUGUUCAUUUUGAUAUUCACCCAUUACAUUAUAUUCCUCAAUUUGAUAAUGAACAUCAUCUACAGCAUAUAUCUGUUAAUUGUUCUGUUCCAAUUCAAAUUACAUUUAAUGAAUUGAAUCUUUUUAUGAAUCUUUCUGAACUAUCUGAAUCCGAUCGUCUUGGAUUACCAAGACAAGUGAAAAUAAUUGCUUGUUUUAGUACAAAUGAUGGUAAAAGUGAAAUUAUUAUCAUUAAUAGACCUAAUAUUAAUAAUGGAAAAUUGAGUGAAAAAACUGGAUAUACUAUUUUAUUGUAUAAGAAUGGAUUUUUUAAAAAAAUAUCAGAUUAUUCUCGUUCUGAAAUUCAUCCGACAUAUGCAUCCAGUCAAAAUUCACAAACAUUAGUUUUUUAUCAUAAAAAUACUGGAGAUAUAACAAGAUGGUCAUUGAGUGAAUCUGGAGAAUUCAAGAUUCAUUCUGUCUUAGAUCAAUCGAAUAGCUUUACAAAGCCUAAUGGUGUUAAAAGUCUUGCAUUAACUGCAGCACAAAAUUUACUUAUUCUCAUUGACUCAAAUUCCACAGUCUAUUCAAUCGAUAUCUCAAACGAAAAUACCACAUUCACAUCAUUAUUAUGUAAAAGUACGAAUAAUUCAACCUAUGAAACAAAUUUCAUAACUGAUAAUGGUGAACUUUAUGGAACAGUUCAAACAAUUGGAGAAAAAAAUCCCAUUUUUUUCUUUCAAGCCAAAUCUUGUAUCGAUAUUAUUGAUCAGAAUUAUUAUCAAAUAUUUAGUAUUAAAUUAAAUCAAAAUUCUCAAUUUUAUAAAAUGCAAAUUUUUACAGAUUUUGUUGAUACAUAUUGUGUUUUAUUUAAUGCACAAGUUAAUGAAGUUUAUUGUAUUCAAAAUCUCAUAUCAGAUACGCGUAUUGAACGACAAGAAAGUUCAAGCAAUUUAGACAAAUCAACUAAACAAUACAUUGGCAAUCGACUAUUGGAUAUAAUCAAAAGAGGUGAAAUACAAUUUGGUGUGCCAGAUUCAUUCAAUGAAACUCAAUAUCGUUUAGUACUUUCGCGAGAAUAUUCAUCUUAUUCUGAUAAAAUAAAAAAGUAUUUCAAAGAUGUGGGUGUCUCAGGACAAUUAACAAUAGUGUAUGAAAAGAUGGAUUUGAAUUGUUCUACUACAGAUAUUGAAUAUUUAAUUAAAACGAUGAUUAGUCGUGUACCGCUACAACUUUGUACAAUUGAAAUGGGUACUCUUGUUCCAUUGAAUAAUGGACGACGUGAGCGAAUGGAUCAUUUAUCAUCUAAAUCAUUUCGAAUUGAUAUGAAAGCAAGAGAAAUUUCAUUUUCAUAUUUAGAUUAUUUAUUAAAUAAUAUUAAUGAAAACGAAAAUAUUCGAAUUGUUGGUAUUAUUGGUCGUCAAUCAACUGGAAAAAGUUAUUUAUUAAAUAAAAUAUUUCAAACAAGAUUUGCUGUUGCAGCUGGACGAUGUACUGAUGGUAUAUGGAUGAGUUAUGUCUUUCUGGAAAAUAUUCAUUUUAUUAUAUUAGACUGUGAAGGUUUAUUUAGUGAUCAACGAACUGAUGAUGAAGAAAUAAAACUUAUUUCAUUAUUAACUGCUGUUUGUGAUAUAACAAUUCUUAGUCAAGAUUUAGGAUUUAGUCGUUUUCAAGAUCGUCUAUUUGCUUUUUUAUCUCAAGCAGUUGAGAAAAUAAGUAAAAGUGAGAAACUAUUUAAAGGAAUAUUAUUAGUUGCAAUUCGAGAUAUAAGUGAUAGUAAUGCUCAAGAAUCAUUUGAUGCUGCUGAAAAGAAAUUUUUAGAUUUACAAAGUAAAGGUAAAAGUGGCUUUCUUGAACAAUUAUUUUCUAAUACAUUCAAAGUCCAAUUAGUACAUCAUUUUGAAAAUAGAAAUUUUGAUUAUGAAGUUAAAGGUUUACGUCAACUAUUUUUCAAUUACAUUAAUACUGAAUUACAAACAUCACAUCGAUGGGAAAAUGGAAAAAAUUUAGCUGAUCGUUUGAAAAUUCUUUUAGUACAAUUAUAUACAGAUGAUUUUAUUGAUUCGGAUGAAAUACAUUGUGAAAUGAAAUUAGCAGAAUUAAUUGAACGUAUGAAAAAAGCUUGGACUAGAUUUUAUUUAGAUGAUGAAGAAAAUAUUGCAUUGAAUGAACAAAUUAUAAAAACAAUAUUUGAUAAUAAAGAAUAUUUAAUUAAAUUGCAUCAUGUAAAAUUAUAUUUAGAAGAAAAUGCUUCGGAUCAAAAUUUUGAUAACAUUUGUGAAUUUAUUUAUAGUCAACUAUAUCCUCCCAAUGACUGUACCAUUGAAACCAAAGAAGAAAUGAAUAAAAUGCGAAUAUUUGUUGAUCAACUUAUUCCUGAAGUGAUGAAUUAUCGUCGUCAACAAAUAAAAGAAUGGAUGAUUGAAAAAUUUAAACAAGAAUUUCCAAUUGAAAAUAAUAAUGUUAAAGAACGUAAAACGAAAUUUUUGAAUACAAUGGAACAAUAUAUGCUUUCAUUUAAAUCACAAAUAUGUUUGAAAAAAUGUUCAGUAUGUGAUUUAAAAUGUAUAAAAAAUUCUCAACAUACACAAGAAACAAAAUUUUUACUUGAAAAGAAAAAAGAAGAAUUAAAAAACGUACAAACUUCAUUAGAAACAAUUGAUUUAAUAAAUAUUCAUGAACGUACGCAAAAAUUAAAUCAAGAUAUAUAUAAUGCAACAUUAAAUGAAAACAAUUUUCGUCAACAGAUGAAUUUAUUAUCUAAUGAAUUAAAAUGUCUAACUGAAAAAGAAAAAAUUGAUACACAAAACAAUGAAUGUGAUUCAAAGAUUGCUAUUGAACAUAAAAAUAUUCAAGAUUUUCAACAAAAUAUUAAUGAUAUAGCUCAACAAUUAAAAACUCUUUUACCAAACAAAGAAGAUUUUCAAGACACAAAUGAAUUAUUACAAAAUCUUGAUGAAGAACUUUUGCUUCUACUGAAUCCUACUCAAUAUAAUAGUGAUCAAUUGAAUAUACUUAUCGAUUCAUUUCAUACAAAUUAUGAAAAAAAUAAUAAACCUGAAAUUGACUUAUUCUAUUUCUCGAUGAAAGAAGAAACUAAUGAAUCAAUUGAUUAUUGUCAACGUCUGACACCAUUAUUUUUUUCUAUGAUGACCAAAAAUAUUGAUCAAAUUUUCAAUUAUUCUAUAUUUAUUAAAGAAAAUUUAGAAUAUAUUGAAAAACAGCUUAAUGCUUCUAAAGAAAAUUUAAACAAUACUGAAAGUAGAAUUAAAGAACUUGAACAGGAAAAAAAUACUGUUCGAAAUCAAAAAGAAGAUACAACACAAUUGAUUGAAAAAGAUACAAAAGAAUAUGAAGAAAUUGUCAAAAAAUUAACUGAUAUCAAUAUUGAAAAAGAAAAUUUAUCGAAAAAAAUUAAUGAUAUUCAUCAAUUGGAUGAUACAAUGAACUCGUCUAUUAUUGAAAAAAUAGAACAUUAUAUUAAAGAUUUACAAGACAAACGAAAUAAUUCUUCAUAUUCUUAUAAUUGUAACGAUCAUGAAAAGGUCGAGAAAACAAUAAAACAAGAAACUCAAAAAUUACAAUUCUUCUUAGACGAAAAAAAUGAAAAAGAAUGUAUUAUAGCUACUAAUAGAAAAGAAAUAGAAACAUCGAAUGACAAUAUUCGAAUCCAACAAUGCAGAGAACAAAUACAUAAGAAUGAAGAAAACAUAAAAAUACUUACUGAAAAAAUUAAUCUUAUUCAAACAAGAAUAAAUUCUAUUGAAACAGAUCAGUUGAUAUUAAAACAAUUAAAUGAAGAACUUGAUGAAGUUACUCAACUUAUGCAAACUCUAGAUUCAUUUGAUAAAAAGAUUCAACAGAAAAAAAAUCUUUUAUUUCAGUGUUUGGAAAAGAUCAAUGAAAAGAAAACAGAUAUUAAGAAUUUAGAAGAAGAUGAUCCUCUGGAGAUCAUCAAUCAAGAGAAACAAAUAUUGGAGAAACUUAACAAACAUUACGAAAAAACUCGAGCUGAAUUAGAUGAAUUAGAACAACAAAAACUAGCUCUAUAUAAAGAUGAUUCUCUAUUAACUAAAAUUUUGAACAAACCACAAUUGGAUACAGAUAAUCAAAAGCAAAUAUCAGAAGAUCGUCUCAAUGAACUAUUAAAAUCUUCUGAAUAUUUAAGUGAAAAAAAUAAACUCAUUUUAAAUACUCUAUCAUUAAACAAGAUAAAAUUAAAUGAACAAGAUCAAGAAUUGUUGAAUAUUAACAAGAAACUUGACGAACAAACUAUUAAACAUAAAAAAUAUAAUGAAGAGGUUCAAAUUAAUGAAAAAUUAAAUGCUUCAGGAAGUACACUUCUUCAAUCGCUUACAAGUCAAAAAAAUUUACUGAGUACUAAUUUAAAAAGAUUGAAUAAAAUUUCUCAAACAAAUAAAUUAAUUCAUGAACAUGCAUCAUUAGCAAACGCACUCAAAUCUGCUGAUGAAGAACUUAUUCGACUCAAAAUUUAUAAAGAGCAAUUAAAUAAACAAUUGUAUGACAUGAACAGUACUAGUCGUCCGAUUAACUUUACCAAUACACAAGAAUGUAAUGAAAAGUACCAACAAAUUGUUAAAGAGUAUGAAAAUGCAAGUUUAUGUAAUAAAAAUUUAAAACAAGAAUUGUUCGAUAUUGGUAUUUACUCUCGUUUAACAGCGGAUAUUAUAUAUCUAGAAAAAGAAGCUCAAAACAAUUGUAAUUGUGGAACAGAUCAUAAAUGUUCUGGCAUAUGUCGAAUAUGUGCUGAAGAAGAUAUAACAAAACAAAAUCUAUGUGUAUUUUCAGCUGGACACUACGGUGAACAUAAAUGUAAUGCUGGUCAUAUGUGUACAAAAUUUUGUCAAAUUUGUGAAAUCUAUGGUUUUUCAAAUAAUAGAUGUCGAUUUGCAUAUGAACAUAAGGAACCAGAACAUCAUCAAUGUGAACGUGUUCAUCAAUGUCCAGCAACAUGUAUUUGUUCGGAUCCAUGUGCCAUACCAUUAGAACUUACACAACAUAAUGUUCAUCAAUGUAAUAAAAAAAAUUGUUGGAAAUCAUGCAUAUUUUCAUGUGGUAAUUUGUGUGCAACUGAAGAUCAUAAUCAUGAUAUGACAACAGGAUUAGUUACGAUAACUAUUAAUCGUGAAACUCAUCAAGUGAAGAAACAUUUAUGUAAUCAAUCUCAUUAUUGCAAAGGUAUAUGUGAUGCACCUGGUGUAUGUAAACAAGAAUAUAAAACACAACAACGAAAAUGGACAACAGAAUCUGGUGAAGAAUUUAUAUAUGAUCAUAUUGAAGUAGAAGAAGUUCGAGAUAAAUGCGGAAUUCAAAUUCCAGCAGGAAAAUCUUCUCAUGAUGAUAUUACAAAUCAUCGAUGUGAUGGACAACAUACGUGUCAAGAAAGAUGUCCUGAUUGUGGUUCAUUUUGCAAAAAUCCUCAAGGUCAUGAUGGAUUUCAUAGAACACUUCAUCGAAAUAAAGAACAACACAUAUUUACAAGUACAAAUCCAACUGAUCAAAUUGAAAUACGUUCAAGUGAACAAGAAGAAACUACUAUAAGAAAAUAUAAAGUUGGAGAAUCAGCAAAACCAGAAAACUGUAGUGUAUCUUGCAAACGUCGUGGUCGAUCUCAUUUUCAUUUAAUUGAAUGUCCUGGUGGUUCGGCAUGUUGGGAAAAAGUACUUGGAAAUAAAGCAAAACAUUCUAAUGACACAUAUUAUUAUGGACCAGAUAUUCCAAGUACAAAAAAAUUUGAUCAGAUUUUAUGUUCAACAUAUUGGUCACAACAUAAAUGGUUUGCACCUGUUAAUGAUGUUGAUCGAAAGUUAAUUGAUUCAUGUAAUACAUAUUGUGCAAAGCAUGCCGUACGAGACAAAAAUGGUUUGAUUGUUAAAGAUUCUCUUAAAGCCUUUUGUACAUUAGAUGCUUGGCAUACUGGAAAUCAUGUUUUUGAAUGUCAAGCUGAUCACCAUACAUUAGACAUGUAUCAAGGUAUUGAUGUAUGUUUUGUUAUCGAUACAACACGAUCUAUGGCACCGUACUUUGAAAAAGUGAAAAACACUAUUACAUGUAUUAUCGUUGAGAAUCAAGCAUUAAUGGCUAAACUUGGAAAGUCAACAUCAGAUUUUCGAUUUGGUAUCGUCGACUAUCGUGAUCAUGAGCAAGGAGCAGAAUAUGUUUUCCGUCAAUGCAAUUUUACAAGUGAUGCACUGGCUUGUGAUUACAUAAAGAAUCUUAAAACAGGAACAGGUGGUGAUAUUCCCGAGGCCGUACUUGAUGGUCUUGAUGCAGCAUGUACAUUAAAUUGGCGUGAUAAUGCUGAUCAUCUAUUGUUUCAUAUUCUUGAUGCACCUCCGCAUGGCAGAAUAUAUACCCAAAGACGUGACAAAUGGCCUGAUGGUUGUCCAUGUGGAAAAACUGCUCAAAAUGUAUUACAACCAAUGAAAAAGAAAAAAAUUUCUUAUCAUGUUUUACAUUGUUCAAAUGAGAUAAAUAUGAUGAUCACUGAAUUUAAAAAUCACAUUGAUGUUAAAACUUUAACAUUCAAUGAUAAAAUCACGUUUGAAGAUAUUAUUGCUAAACAAGUCCACCAGCAGUUAAUUGAUACUGAAAUGACUUUGAAAAAAACAUCAAAUUAUUGA